AUGGCGAGGGCAGCGAUAGGUGUAUCGCUGUCACUGGGACAACGCUGCUCGAUGUUACGUGUUCCCAGUCAACUCCGUUCAUGUGGUAAAAUUGUUUCUGACUGCGCUCGACCUGAGGAAACAAAUUGUUGGAAUUGUCAGGACGUGGUGAACUGCACGAAAAAGUUCUUCUGUGAUCAUUGUCACACAUUACAACCCCCACCAGGCACUCAGAACUUGUUCGAAUACCUCGGGCUACCAGUGUCAUUUGAAAUCGAUGAGUCGUUGUUGAAAAAGAGAUUCCGUGAGCUGCAGUUUGCUAUGCAUCCGGAUAAAUUCGCUAGGGCUUCCGAGCAUGAGAAGGAGAUAUCUGAUGAGCAUUCCAGGAAACUUAACGAAUCCUACAAAACAUUGUCAGAGCCCCUCCUUCGAGCAAAAUAUCUGCUGAAAGUCCUAGGGGAAUCUGACCGUGGUGGAAAAGGCCUCGGACCAAGCGCUGACAAGGUCAGAGACAUGGAUUCAGCAUUUUUAAUGGAAAUGAUGGAAUGGAAUGAGCGAGUGUCAGAAAUGUCCAGCAAAGACGAUUUAACCACCGAAAAGACUACCGUUCAAGAGGAGAUUGAUGGAUUAAUGGAAGAGUUAGGAAAGCACACGGACAGUUGCGUAAGCUGCUGCGCUCGAAGCGGUGCGGUGGAGACAGCGGUUGGAAUCGAGGUAACCAAGAUGCCCAUCUCAGCCGAGCUUCGUAAUGAUCUUGAGGACUGCGCGAACCGUAUGCGCAUUUCGGCCAUUGAGAUGACCUGUGCUUCUAAGAGUGGGCAUCCAACGUCGUCUACAUCAGCAGCUGAAGUAGUAUCAGCCUUGUUUUUUCACGAAAUGAAGUACGACAUCGCUAAUCCAAAAUGCCCCAGUGCUGACCGGUUUGUGCUUUCAAAGGGUCAUGCUUGUCCCAUUCUCUAUGCGGCUUGGGAAGAAGCUGGUCUUUUGUCGAGAGAUCAGGUCAUGUCGCUGCGUAAAAUCACCUCUGACAUCGAGGGACAUCCUACUCCUCGCCUAAAUUUCAUUGAUGUUGCUACCGGUUCACUUGGACAGGGAUUGUCGUGUGCUGCUGGGAUGGCAUAUGUAGGGAAAUAUAUAGAUAAGGCGAGCUAUCGGGUUUACUGCUUGAUGGGAGAUGGAGAAAAUGCUGAGGGAGCUGUGUGGGAAGCUGCAGCAUUUGCUUCCAAAUAUGGACUUGAUAACUUGGUUGCCAUUGUUGAUGUGAAUCGUUUGGGCCAGUCGCAGGAAACUGCCCUGGGACAUCACGUUGAGAUAUAUCAGGCUAGGUAUGCCGCGUUCGGCUUCAAUGCCAUCGUUGUGGAUGGGCACAAUUUGGAUGAGAUUAUUAAUGCCUUUGAAACUGCUAAAAAUACUAAGGGUAAGCCUACUGCCAUCAUUGCAAAGACUUACAAAGGACAAGGCAUCGAUGGCAUUGCUGACAAAGAUAAUUGGCAUGGAAAACCAGUUCCAGCGGACAAAGUCAACGGCGUCAAGGCACGUCUGCAUGGCAGCCAAAAGGGAAAAUUGGUCGCUAAGAAACCAGUUAAUGACGCGCCAAAAGUUGACCUACAUAUUGGUUCCAUUAAGAUGGCUCCUCCCAAUUACAAAAUGGGUGAUAAGGUUGCCACAAGAGCUGCGUACGGUACUGCUUUAGCAAAACUUGGAGAUGCUAACCCACGUGUCAUCGGAUUAGAUGGUGAUACGAAGAAUUCCACAUUUUCCGAGAAACUCCUUCAGAAACAUCCUAACCAGUUCAUUGAGUGUUAUAUCGCUGAGCAGAAUCUCGUUGGUGUUGCAGUUGGAGCCCAGUGCCGUGAUAGGACCAUACCUUUCACCAGCACGUUCGCUGCCUUCUUCACUCGUGCUUGUGACCAAAUUCGUAUGGCUGCUGUCUCGUUUGCAAAUCUGAAAUGUGCUGGUUCACAUGUCGGCGUUUCUAUUGGCGAAGAUGGACCUAGUCAGAUGGCUCUUGAGGAUUUGGCGAUGUUCCGUGCUCUUCCUGGUUCCACUGUGUUCUAUCCAACUGAUGCUGUGUCCGCUGAGAGAGCGACAGAACUAGCAGCCAAUAUCAGAGGAAUUGUGUUCAUUCGCACUGGUCGUCCUGCUCUCCCUGUGCUGUACGCCAAUGAUGAGCAUUUUGAAGUUGGAAAAGCUAAGGUGCUGAAACAGUCGCCCACCGACAAAUUCGUUUUGAUUGGAGCCGGAGUGACUGCGUACGAAUGCAUCAAGGCCGCAGAACAACUAGAGAAAGAUGGUAUACAUUGCUGCAUUAUCGAUCCAUUCACUAUCAAACCCAUCGAUCAAGCAACUAUUGUUGAACAUGCUAAGCGAGUUGGCGGAAAAAUUCUUACUGUUGAGGAUCACUAUCCCGCUGGAGGCAUUGGAGAAGCUGUUUCUUCCGCCGUUGCUGAUCACACAAACAUUCGCGUGCGUUCCAUCUGCGUGCAGAAUGUACCUCGGUCUGGUUCGCCCGAUGAACUGCUCGAUAUGUUUGGUAUUUCGGCGAAGCAUAUUGUGGAGGCCGUCAAGAAAUACUGA